AUAAAGCGUUCCACAUCUGAUUGAAUUAUUCUCAAGAAUAUCAAACAAAAAGUAAGAUGUUAUUCUACGUACUAAGUAUAUUCAGCUUUGUAACGUUGGGAUUAUAUACAAAUGGACAAUUUACGCUUCCUUUGAUCACCUGUAAGCGAGAUUCAGAUGAUUAUUCCGCUUGUUUAAAACAUGCUGUAGAGGAGGCAUGGCCACGAUUUUAUAAAGGUAUUCCAGAAAUAGAUUUUCCAUCGUUAAAUCCAUUACUUUACAAAUAUGGCAAAGGUAUAUUUGAUUCAGGCGAAAUACAUGCAGAAGUAAUUUUGAUAAAUGUUACUGUUACUGGUUUAACAGAAUCUCGUCUUUCUGAUGUGAAAACAAACUUUCUUGAUAAUGACAUUUUCCGUUUGGAAAUCGAUGUACAUGUACCGAAAAUGUAUAUAAACGGUUUUGUAACAGCGAUAGGUACUUUAGGUCCAUUCAGACUUAAAAGUAAAGGUAUAUGAAUAAAUUUUAUGUAG